AAUAAGGGAUGUUUUUUGGUCACUUCUAUGAUGUGGUGUGACAUUUUGUUAGAUUAUAUUUGCAAAGUACAGGCAUUGUUACUAGUCUUGGAUGAGGGCAGUGAAAAUGCUAAAGGCUGGUGA